UAAGCCUCGAUUUCAAAUCAGUUACAUAGAUGGCGAACUGGCGACUGCUUGCUCGGAGGAUAACCUCCUCGUUUAUUAUAGGAUUGUGUCUCGUGAAUUUAUCUGACAGCUCUUUAUCCAAGUCGAUUAAGCAUCCUGUUAUAUUAAUCCCAGGAGAUGGUGGAAGCCAAUUAGAAGCAAAGCUGAACAAGACAAAAUCUGUUCACAUAUUCUGCAGUCAGAAAACCAGUGACUAUUUUGCACUAUGGCUCAACUUGGAGCUGAUGGAACCCUAUGUAUUGGACUGCUUUGUGGAUAACAUGAGGUUGGUUUAUGACAAUGUAACACGAACUACAAAGAACUCUCCUGGAGUAGACAUCAGGAUCCCAGGCUUUGGUGGAACUAAGACUGUAGAAUGGCUGGACUCUAGUGAAAUAUCACCUACCUCCUAUUUUUCGGUUAUGGUCCAGGACUUGUUAAGCAUGGGCUAUGUAAGGAACCAGUCUGUGAGAGGAGCACCAUAUGACUUCAGGAAAGCACCAAAUGAGCAGGCAGAUUUUUUCCUGAAAUUCAAGCAGCUGAUAGAGGAAACGUUCACUAUGAACAACAACAGCCGCGUAGUGUUGGUGGGUCACAGUAUGGGUAAUAUGUACACCCUGUACUUCCUCAACCACCAGCCACAGCAGUGGAAAGACAAAUAUAUCAGGUCCUUUGUGUCCUUGGCAGGGCCAUGGGGAGGAGCAGCAAAAACACUCAGGCUUAUGUCUUCUGGUGAUAGUUUGGGUUUCUACUCCAUAAUCCUGAACCCACUGGAGAUUCGCCCACAACAGAGGUCAAUGCCCAGCACUGCUUGGCUUUUACCCACAGACUCUGUCUGGAGCCCAGACGAUGUCCUCGUCAGCAGGCCAGGUUACAACUACACAUUGAAAGACUAUAAAAAGUUCUUUCAGGAUCUUAACUUCAUGGACGGCUGGUACAUGAGACAGGACACAGAGGGAUUGACGAGGAAGUUGUCGCCACCUGGUGUCGAGGUGCACUGUGUCCACGGAUUGGGGGUGAAGACGCCGGCGGCGUUUUCGUUCACGGAAAAGCAGUGGCCGGAUUCUCAGCCCACGGUGACAUACAGUAAUGGGGAUGGGACGGUGAACAGUAGAAGUCUUGAAGGCUGUUUGCUGUGGCAGGAGAGGCAACCCCAGAGUGUGUACCAUUAUGUCAUUCCCAAUGCCGAACAUAUGCAACUUCUCUACAAUGCAGAUGCUAUUAAGAUUAUUAAGAAAGUCGCAGGUAGCGACACUCCUUGAAGUAAAAACGCAUGUACACAGGGAGAGGGAAAAGUUGCCUUAAAUGGUUGUGCCAAAAUUAUCAAGAUUUCUGUAUUCAGGGAUUCUGUACUAGUUAAUGUUAGCUGUUGUCAUGACAACUGAUACUAGUUAAUACUCGUGGGUUGCAAAGAUGUGUUGGGAACAUGUCAGGAUGUGACUUGUUAUUUUUGUUCCAAAGUUAUAAGAACCCAUUGAUGCAACAAAAUAUGGGGAACAGUUUAAAACCAAGUUCCUCAGAAAAUCACCUUUUUGUUUUUUUUUUUUUU